AUGGAUUUAUUGCAUAAAGGAUGGUUUACUGAAUUCUCGCCGGACGAUUAUGAGGCAGUGAAAAAUGGUGAAAAACGCUUAGAUAAAGAAAUGAUGGUGAAUUAUCAAGCAUGUGGAAAUGCAUGGCCUGGUCAAGCGUUUUCAUUACAAGUCGAAGAAGAGCUUUUUCAUGAAAGAAGUCAAUACCAGGAUAUUCUGGUUUUCAGAAGCAAAACAUAUGGAAAUGUAUUAGUAUUGGACGGUAUUCUACAAUGUACUGAGCGUGAUGAAUUUGCUUAUCAGGAGAUGCUAGCACAUUUAGCAAUGUUUUCUCAUCCCAAUCCAACUAAGGUACUUAUAAUUGGUGGAGGUGAUGGUGGAGUCCUCAGAGAAGUACUGAAACACGAUUGUGUUCAAUCGGUUACGUUAUGCGAAAUUGAUGAAAUGGUUAUAGACGUAUCGAAGAAGUAUUUACCUCAUAUGUCAGCUUCUUUUGAUAGCCCUAAAUUGAAUCUUUUCAUUGGCGACGGUAUUGAAUUUUUAAAAAAAUGUAAAGGUGAAUACGAUGUUGUGAUAACUGAUUCAUCGGAUCCUAUUGGACCUGCUACAAGUUUAUUUAGUGAAGAUUAUUACAAACUUAUUAAAGAAUCACUAAGAGAAGGUGGUAUAUUGUCGUCGCAAGGAGAAUGCCCAUGGCUGGAUCUAAAAUUUAUUACUCAAUUAAGAAUUAUUUGUGUAAAGCAUUUCCCUAUAUCGUUCUACGCGAUCAAUUCGGUACCAACAUAUGCUAGUGCUCUUAUGGGAUAUCUGUUAUGUUCGAAAGAGGUUUGUGAAUGUAUCUGGUUGCACGCAAAACUCAUAAAAGAGAUGCUUCAGUUUAUCUCUACUGUUUAUGCUUCAAUUUAUUAUGCAUGCUCUUUCAUGCCCACUUAUCCAUGUGGAGCUAUGGGAUACUUUGUUGCUAGUAAGGAGGUCCUUCGUGAUAUUCGAAUUCCAGCGAGAGAAAUUUCUGAUGAACAGGUGAAAAAAAUGAAAUUAAAAUAUUAUAAUUCGAAUGUGCAUCGCGCAUCAUUUGUUCUACCACAAUUUAUAAAAGAAGUAAGUAAUAUUGCCAUAAUUUUAUUUUUAUCACAUUUAUCAUUAUUGAAUUUAAUUUUAUCAUUUUUAUCAAAAUUGAAUUGA